AUGAAUCAGCAUGGACUCAUCCCAAUAAUGCAAAAAAAACGACUUCUUAAUGUGCUUCCCCCUUGUGAGAAGGUUCGCAAGGUAUUCCAUCUUUUUAGAAUGAUCUUGGAAGAGCUAGAACGUGACAAGGCAGCACACUUUGCCACGAAUAAGACAUAUCUUGAUGCACAAGCUAUUAUUAUAAGAGAGGGGAAACAAGUUAAUGGUGAAAAGAUGGUUGGAAUAGUCCCUGGAGUUGAAGUUGGGAAUGAAUUUCAAUUCAAAGUAGAGCUCAACAUAAUCGGUCUCCAUUUCUACUUAUCAGGUGGAAUCGACUUCAUGAACAUAGAAGGCUUGGACCUAGCUACAAGCGUUGUAGCAUCAGAAGGUACUGGGUACAACGACAUAUUUGAUUCUAAUGUGGUAAUUUAUUGUGGUGAAGGAAUGUGCUUGAAGAGCAAGAAUCCCAAAGUAAUAGAAGAUCAGAAGAUGACAAAGGGUAAUCUGUCUUUAGUUAAUAGCAUGAUAACAAAAUCUCCGGUGAGAGUGAUCAGUGGCAGGAAGAGGAUGAAUCAAAAAAGAAAACAAUACGUUUAUGAAGGAUUGUAUUUGGUUAAGCGAUAUUGGGAAGAGCAAGGGCCGCUAGGAAAUAAUGUCUUCAAGUUUAAGCUUCAAAGACUUCCUGGUCAAGCUUCUAUUCAUUGA